CCAGAUUAUGGUGCGACGCAAGCGGACGCAAGGCGAGCGAGGGGGAAGAGUUGCAGGAGCGGACUCUCGGUACGAAGCGAAGUGACUCCUCCGCCGUGUCGUUCCUCACCACGACGAGACUCCUGUACUUCGACACGGCGCUACUUCCAUUGACAAGGUACUGUGCUAGCCAGCGCUGCCAUGUCGGCGAAAGCCAUCUCAGAGCAGACGGGAAAAGAGUUCUUAUAUAAGUAUAUCUGCACCUCAGCGGCUGUGCAUAACCGCUUCUGCUAUGCCCGAGUCACCACUGAGACGGACUGGGACCGUCUCACUCAGGAGCACCCAUGGCUGCUGACAGAGCGGCUGGUGGUGAAGCCAGAUCAGCUGAUUAAGCGGCGUGGGAAACUCGGGCUGGUGGGCAUCAACCUGGACCUGCAGGGCGUCAAGGAGUGGCUCAAAGGCCACUUCAUGAGAGACACCACUGUGGGAAAGGCAAAGGGCGUGCUGAAGAACUUCCUCAUUGAGCCAUUUGUUCCACACACACAGGAUGAAGAGUUUUAUGUGUGCAUCUAUGCCACACGUGAGGGCGACCAUGUGCUUUUCCACCACGAGGGAGGAGUGGAGGUGGGCGACGUGGACGCCAAGGCCCAGAGGCUGAUGGUUGCAGUGGACGACAAGCUGAGUGAGGACCAAGUCAGAGAGCAGCUCCUCACACACAUUCCUGAUGAUAAGAAAGAAGUCCUGUCUAGUUUUAUCAUGGGCCUCUUCAACCUAUAUGAGGACCUCUACUUCACCUACCUCGAGAUCAACCCCCUCGUUGUCACCCAGGAAGGAGUGUACGUCCUUGACAUGGCCGCCAAGAUUGAUGCCACAGCAGAAUACAUCUGCAAGGCUAAAUGGGGUGAUGUUGAGUUUCCACCACCUUUCGGCAGAGAGGCGUAUCCAGAGGAAGCCUACAUAGCAGAUCUGGAUGCAAAGAGUGGUGCCAGUCUGAAGCUUACCUUGCUGAACCCCUGUGGCCGGAUCUGGACCAUGGUGGCUGGAGGAGGGGCUUCAGUUGUUUACAGCGACACCAUCUGUGACCGGGGCGGGGUGGAUGAGCUGGCCAACUAUGGCGAAUAUUCUGGCGCUCCCAGUGAACAACAGACCUACGAUUACGCAAAAACCAUCCUCUCUCUCAUGACUCGCGAAAAACAUCCUCAAGGGAAAGUGCUGAUCAUCGGAGGAAGUAUUGCCAACUUCACCAAUGUAGCAGCCACAUUCAAGGGCAUUGUUAGGGCCAUCAAAGAUUACCAAGGUCCUCUCAAGGAGCAUGAGGUCAUCAUCUUUGUUCGACGUGGCGGACCGAACUACCAGGAGGGGCUGAGGGUGAUGGGGGAAGUAGGGAAGACGACAGGUAUUCCUAUCCAUGUGUUUGGUACCGAAACCCAUAUGACAGCCAUCGUUGGUAUGGCCCUGGGCCACCGACCGAUUCCCAACCAGCCCCCAAUGGAUGCACAUACCGCCAACUUCCUCCUCAAUUCCAGCAAUAGUGCAAUGACUCCAGCAACCACAAGGACGGCUUCAUUCUCUGAACCCAGGACGCCUAAUAAUGCCACCCCAGCGAAAAAGUCUAAAGCAGGUCUUCCAGCAGACUCUCUUGAUUCUAUACUGUGGCCUCUGAAGAAUUUGGUCACAGCCAUUUGGAAAGAAGUGCAGGCCUCUUCAGGCUGCAGCGGAGCCAAAGCCACCACACUCUUCAGAAAACACACCAAGGCCAUCGUCUGGGGCAUGCAGACACGUGCUGUGCAGGGCAUGAUGGACUUUGACUACGUUUGCUCCCGGGACGAACCCUCCGUGGCAGCCAUGGUCUAUCCCUUCACUGGGGAUCACAAGCAGAAGUUCUACUGGGGACACAAAGAAAUCCUGCUGCCGGUCUACAAGAACAUGGCCGAUGCCAUGAAGAAGCACCCGGAGUCGGACGUCAUGAUCAGUUUUGCAUCACUGCGCUCAGCCUACGACAGCACAAUCGAGGCCAUGCAGUACCCACAGAUUCACACUAUUGCCAUUAUAGCUGAGGGCAUCCCUGAAGCACAGACAAGAAAGUUGAUCAAGAUGGCUGAUGAGAAAGGUGUCACGAUCAUUGGCCCCGCCACGGUUGGUGGCAUCAAACCAGGCUGUUUUAAAAUUGGCAACACAGGCGGUAUGCUGGACAACAUCCUGGCUUCCAAACUUUACCGUCCUGGCAGUGUUGCGUAUGUGUCGCGCUCUGGGGGAAUGUCCAACGAGCUGAACAACAUCAUCUCGCGCACCACAGACGGCGUCUAUGAAGGUGUUGCCAUAGGAGGAGACAGAUAUCCAGGCUCCACCUUCAUGGACCAUGUCAUUCGUUACGAGGACACUCCAGGGAUCAAGAUGAUAGUGGUGCUGGGAGAGAUCGGAGGCACAGAGGAGUACAAGAUCUGCCAGGGCAUAAAAGAGGGCAGCAUAACCAAGCCUGUGGUGUGCUGGUGUAUCGGAACCUGUGCCACCAUGUUUGCUUCAGAGGUUCAGUUUGGCCACGCAGGGGCCUGCGCCAACCAGGCUUCAGAAACAGCAGUAGCCAAGAACCAGGCUCUGAGGGACGCUGGAGCUUAUGUACCCAAGAGUUUCGACGAGCUGGGGGAUGUCAUCAGGACAGUUUAUGAUGAGCUUGUGACCAAUGGCACCAUCAUUCCUGCCCAGGAGGUUCCUCCUCCAACUGUACCUAUGGAUUACUCUUGGGCAAGGGAGUUGGGACUGAUCCGUAAGCCGGCCUCUUUCAUGACGAGCAUCUGUGACGAGCGAGGCCAGGAGCUCAUCUAUGCUGGCAUGCCAAUCACCGAGGUCUUUAAAGAGGAGAUGGGCUUAGGAGGAGUGUUGGGCUUGCUCUGGUUCCAGCGCAGGUUGCCACGCUACGCCUGCCAGUUCAUUGAAAUGUGCCUGAUGGUGACUGCGGACCACGGACCUGCUGUCUCCGGGGCACACAACACCAUCGUUUGUGCUCGUGCUGGCAAAGACCUUAUCUCAAGUCUUACCUCUGGCCUGCUCACCAUUGGGGACCGUUUUGGAGGAGCUCUGGAUGCAGCCGCAAAGCAGUUCAGCAAGGCCUUUGACAGCGGCAUGCUGCCCAUGGAGUUUGUCAACAAGAUGAAGAAGGACGGGAAGCUGAUUAUGGGCAUCGGCCACAGGGUCAAAUCUAUCAACAACCCAGACAUGCGGGUGCAGAUUCUGAAGGACUUUGUAAAGCAGCAUUUCCCUUCCACUCAGCUACUCGACUACGCCCUGGACGUCGAGAAAAUCACCACUUCAAAGAAACCAAACCUGAUCCUGAAUGUAGACGGUUUUAUUGGCGUUGCCUUUGUGGACCUGCUCAGGACAUGUGGAGGCUUCACAAGAGAUGAGGCUGACGAGUUUGUGGAGAUCGGUGCACUAAAUGGGAUCUUUGUCCUUGGCCGGAGUAUGGGCUUCAUUGGUCAUUACCUGGACCAGAAGAGGCUGAAACAGGGUCUGUACCGCCACCCCUGGGACGACAUCUCCUACGUUCUUCCUGAACACAUGUCCAUGUAGACCCAACAUCAAAGACUGGUACGCACCCCACAGUACCGCCCAUCUCACUAAGCGUAUCGGUAUUCUCCGGUUAUGAUAAAAGCUGCCUUAUAGGGCAGAGGGAUCUGGGAAGAAGUUUUUGAUUCAGUUUUUACGGAGACAGUAAGUAUAUUUUUAGAUUUAGUUUUUGACAAAUUAUUUAAAAAGUCUAAGACGUAACUUAUUCCGUUUUGAAGGCAAGCUAAAGCAAAAAAAGGAGCACAAAUUCAAUCAGUACUUUAAACAACCAAAACCUAAGAAGUCUGUUUUUACAGCUGGUACGAGGGCAGGAUUCAAAAGCACAUUUCAAGCCUGACCCCUGUGUUACUGAGUCUCAGUAGAUGACCUGCAGUAGCAGCUGCUGAUGUGAAAUUUGUUCAAGCGCAGCGAUACAGUUACAAGUCCUUUUAUUUAUACUACUUACAAGAAAUAACCGUGAUUUAUUUUAAUCUGCAUUUCCCUGUUUCAGGCCACGAGAUAGUGUGCUUAAGCAUGCUUUGUCCUUCUAGUUUUACGUUUGAGUUUUGCACCUUAGUUUAAACACUAGUUUUAAAAAUCCCUUCUCCAAGGUUCACUCCCACUGAGAAACAUCUUUAAAAAAACCAAAGUUAUUCUUAAGAAUCUGUUGUCUUUUGUCAAAAGUUUAAAAAAAAAACAGGGUCCAGUGGUAGAUAUAAUGGAGCUUAUCUAGAUCUUACAUUUUGAGAAUGGGACACACACACACACACACACACACACACACACACACACACACACACACACACACACACACACACACACACACACACACACACACACACACACACACACACACACACACACACACACACACACACACACACACACACACACACACACACACACACAGAUUUAGGUGUCACUCCGCCAUUGCCUUUCUUACAACAACCCUGUUUACAAACUUAGUUGUAGUCAAGUGGUUGGAAUUCAUCAGCUACUGUAAAUUAGAUGCAGUUUUGAAGUUUGGGACACUUUGACACCAAAUCUAAACAGAACUAUUUGUGUUGCUAUUCUGAAUACCUGUCAAAAAACACGAACGUGUGUAGAAGCAUCGAAAUGGCUGACAGACAAAUUGCUACAUGACAGAGCCCUGUGAGUCAUGGAGGCAUCUUUUAGCGAGGGACCAUGAAAGCAGUCUGCUUUAUUUGGGGAAAUGAUUGCACAGAAUAUGGAUAUCUGCUCUGUAACAGAUUGUUCACUGAAGACUUUGACACCAACUCAAUAUGGUUUGUAACUACCCACUUUAUGGCCUGCUAUGUUUGAUCUUUGUUUUGCUGUUUUUAUUUAACUGUGAAAAAAUACUCUGUUUUUGUAAUAUGUCAUACAGUGGUAUAAUAAAAAAAAAGUGUUUUCCUUUUCA